GUAUCAUCCACAUCGAUGGUUGCGGGUCCAAGCCAAGCCUCGUCCGGUGUACAGAUGCAGGGUGUGUGUAAUUUCCUUCAAAGACAGGUAGGUUUUAGUAAUUCUCCCCAACCCAUAUAUAAGUCGUCGAAACCCUAUCCGCCGGCCAUCAUCGUAACACUCCCCUCUCUGUCCCCUGAAGAGGAUUUGCGAGCGGAAGUCUUACCUCUGAAAUCGACUAUGAAGUUCAACAUCGCAAAUCCAACCACUGGUUGUCAGAAGAAACUGGAAAUUGACGACGAUCAGAAGCUCCGAGCUUUCUUCGACAAGAGGAUCUCUCAGGAGGUUAGCGGGGAUGCUUUGGGUGAGGAAUUCAAGGGAUAUGUCUUCAAAAUUAUGGGAGGAUGCGACAAGCAGGGUUUCCCAAUGAAACAGGGGGUUUUAACUCCUGGCCGUGUUCGUUUGUUGUUGCAUAGAGGGACACCUUGCUUCCGUGGUUAUGGCAGGCGCAAUGGAGAGCGUCGCCGGAAGUCUGUCCGUGGAUGCAUCGUCAGCCAAGACCUCUCAGUUUUGAACUUGGUCAUUGUAAAAAAGGGGGAAAGUGAUCUGCCAGGCUUGACAGACAUAGAGAAACCCAGAAUGAGGGGUCCAAAAAGGGCCUCUAAGAUCCGGAAGCUGUUCAACCUGUCUAAGGAGGACGAUGUGCGCAAGUAUGUCAAUACUUACCGGCGGACAUUCACAACAAAAUCUGGGAAGAAGUGUAGCAAGGCUCCCAAGAUUCAAAGGCUUGUGACACCAUUGACGCUGCAGAGGAAGCGUGCUAGAAUUGCAGAGAAGAAGCAGAGGAUUGCCAAGGCAAAGUCAGAGGCUGCAGAGUAUCAGAAGCUGCUUGCCACCAGGUUGAAGGAACAACGUGACAAAAGGAGUGAGAGCUUGGCGAAGAAGAGGUCCCGUUUAUCUGCUGCUUCGAAGCCAUCGGUUGCAGCUUGAGAGGAUAGUCUUUCCUGGAUCAUCAUCGCUUAUGAAUUUUAAGUUGAUACAUUCAGUUUUGACUACUAUGAUCAUGAAAUGGUGUUUUCCCCUGUUGUGUGUUUGCCAUCCUCCCUAGUUUUGGAGAAGGCACUUGGAUCAGUUAAUGGUUUUGACUCUGUACCUUAUAUACAUCGUCGGAUCUCAGACUUCCAUCUUUUGUUAUUGAAGUUUUCGAUACUUAAUUAGUAAUACGUUUAUUUUUCUUA